CUCCCUUAUAUAAAACCUGAGAUGCCACAAAAUCUUGUUAUUCAUAAAAAUCAUCACUUUCUUCAGUCUUCUUGGCAAUGCAAAACAACUCUUCAUCUUCCACCACCAUUAGUAACAUGUGUGCCCUUUUUCAUGAUCCAAACAAUGCCUUAUCCAUCAAUCUUCAUCCCUCAAGUAAUUCCUCAGUUUUAAAUCCCAAAACCAUUUCCCCUUUUAACAAGAAGAGGAAAUCCAAUUCUGCUCACUCCAAGGAUAUGAGAGAACUAGUGAGAGGGAAGAAGCAGAAGAAAUGUGAGGAUAAGAAAGAAGGUGAAGAAGAAAAAGGUUAUAUUCAUGUAAGAGCAAGGAGGGGCCAAGCAACUGAUAGGCACAGUCUUGCUGAGAGGUUGCGGAGGGAGAAAAUAAGUGAGAGAAUGAAGCUACUACAAACUCUUGUUCCUGGUUGUGACAAGGUCAAAUUCAUUAAAUUAAUUUGUCUUCAUAUAUAUUAUUGUCUAUUUGUUUUCUUUUAAUUUCUACUCCUGACAAAGUCACGUGGUUUGAGUGAAGAACAGGUUACUGGAAAGGCCCCCAUGUUGGAUGAAAUUAUAAACUAUCACUACAAAAAAAGCUUCCGUUUGCGACCAACUUUUUGCGAGCACACCACCGGUGCUCGCAAACUUUCGAGCAUAAUAUAGCCU